AUGAGCUCCUUUGCUGAAGCAAAGGAUGUAUUUAAAAAAGGACAAAAGAUUUCCCUUACCCCAAGGGUGACAGCCCGUCUACUACUAAAGUUAAAAGCUGCAAGAAGGCGUUUGGAUAAAUUGGCAGCAUUACGCGGGGAUCCACAACUAUCUGCAGACAGACUGCGCUCCUCUCCUCUGUUUAAUCAUUGGCCUUUGAGUGCCCUCUCCGAAAUUCGCCAGAAGAUGGUCUUGGAAGUGUAUCGCAAAGGUGAUGUAAUCGUUUACAGUGAGGAGCCUAGUAGAGUUUCAUCUCUCUUUUGGAUAGUCUCAGGGAAAUUAACGGAGGUACUUGGUAAAAGCGAGAUGUAUUUUAUGGAAUCUACUGAACCAAACAGCGAUUCUACUCCUGUGGAAAAAAAUAGCAAUUUUUCAUUCUUAAGCAAAACUUAUCCAUUAAACCUCCCUGACAGUCUCAUGAGAUUCAGUGCUGGUCAGUUUGCCACAGGUGAACGAUUGUUUCUCGGUGUGGGAUACCGUAGGACUAUUCGUUGUGAAAGUGGUGUCAUAGUUUUUCAAGUACCUUUUACGGUAGUGAAAGAUAUACAAAAAAAGUGGGGUGUGCCAUUAGAAACAACUUUAAUAGCUGCUAAAGAAAUUGUUAAACGACAAAUGUCUAGAGCGAAUGAAAAGCCAUCGUUGGAGUCUGCUUUGUUUCAUAACCCAGUAUUGCGUGGAAUGGAUACAUCUACUCUUGGUAUAUUGUGGAUUCGUUUGUCUCCUCUGGUCAUAUGUAAAGAUGAAACUCUAUGUGCAGAUGUUUUCACUUCAGAUAGGAUAUAUUUUCUUCAAUCAGGACGCAUGCGUGUUCCAGGGAGAAACAGUGGGAGAGGCCAAGAUGUUGUCUCUAGUGGUAGUUCUUUCGGCUUGAACAGUUUUGUGCAAUUUGAGGCUCCGUAUGAUUAUGGGGAACAACGCCGUGUCGUCGCUUCAAGGUUCUCCCAGCUGUGGGGAAUAACUCUGAGUGCUUUUAUGGAAAUUGUAAGUGAAAAUGAGUGGAAACGAUGUGCAGAAAUAGCCAAGAAAACAAUACAGUUUGGAGUUGAUUAUAAGGUUUUAAGGAAGUCCCCUGUAUUGUCACACUUACCCGAGUCUGCUGCCAUUUUGCUUGCAAAACGGAUGCAACUGCGUGUUGUGCGACCUGGUGAAUGUAUUUUAACUGCUGAUGAAUGUCCAUGUGAAGCUAUUAUCGUCUUGAUUGGAGCAACGUAUGUUACGAAGAAACGUCCUUUUGCAGAGGGUUCUGCUGAUGAGAAGGUAGUAAAAAAAAGUGUUUCCUGUGGUGUUCCUCUUGCCGUCGCGGAAUGCGUGUCAGAAAGAAGGAUAAAGUAUGGACUCUUCGCAUCUACUGCUGCAAUCAUCUUUAGUCUUACGCAUAAUGCAAUUAUGGAUAUUGUGAAUGAGUGUAAGGAGGUACGCGACGUAACAGUAAUUACGGAGGCAGCUAUAACACAGUUAGAUGGUCCGAAAGCAUAUCGCUCUGCAGAACAGAUAGUAAACAAGGCUCAGGAUGAUGCGGCGCAGCGUGUGAAGAGAUAUGCAAAUGAGCAGAAUAGUAAAAUGGAGUUAUUGAAUGCUGAAAACAACAAGAGUGACUCUAAAAACGCUGAUGUUGAUGUUGAUCGGAUAAUCCAGCUGCGCGCCCAAGUGUUGUCAACUCUCAGCACUCAGGUGUGCAGUUUGCGUCCUAGUAUGUGGGGAAUGGGGAAAAUCGGGCUUCAGUAUGAUGUCGCUUCAAGUUCAGUUAUGCGAGAUGUACAACACGAAAAUUCAAAGAAUUCCCGCCGCACAAAGUCUUGUUUUACCAUUGAUGAGAAAGGCCGCGUUGUUUUUUGCGAGGACGGAGCUGUAUCAGUUGGAAACUUAGUCCAUACUGAAAAGAAAACCCCUCUGACGAAAAUGAUGAAAUUAAAAGAAGAAACAAAGGAGGGAGAGCAGAAAGGUUAUGCUGAAAGUAUUGCACCUCCUCAAGUGUUGCUGAAGAGAGAUAUCGCAAAGAAUAUUCACCGCACCCCACACUCCUCUGCCCUGCGAUGUGUUCCUCAUGUGAAGUUCACUGCCGUCACGGCCCGAUCUCCGGCGUCUCAAAGAGUAAUGGCGCUGCGAGUGGAGGCGGAGAAAUUGCAGGAUGAGACUGACAAGGUGCUUAGUCUUCCGCUUGGAUUUUUUUCGGCCCGUCAACGUGGUAGAGGCCCCCCAUAUGCUUCUAUGUAA